AUGCCACCCUUUGCCACACCACAAGUCGGCCCUACCAAUGUCAAGGAUGCACCAGCUUUUCAUGAGAACCCUUAUUGUAAGGCGCUAAACAAUGCUAAGGAUAUUCAAUUUGAUUGUGCUGAUGUUGAGGGAAAUGCUAAAAAUGGACCUGUUGUCAGGCUGUCUUUUGCAUCGCUGUUUGAUGCUCUUGGCACAUGCUUAAAAGAUGAGAGCUCAGUUUUGUUGCUCUAUUCUCUGGUCCAUGGGAACUGCGAUUUUCAGGAGUAUGUUCUGGUUCGAACAGACUUGGAUAGUUUGCUUAUGCCUAUCUUUGAAAUGCUCUACGAUGCAUCAAGGAAGACUUCCAAUCAGAUCUACAUGCUGUUGAUAACUCUCCUGAUACUCAGUCAAGAUUCAACCUUCAAUGCUAGUGUGCACAAAUUGGUAAGAAAAUUAACUAGGUUUAGUUUAUUUAAUGAAUUCUUUCAUGAUGCAUGUCACACUUGCCUACGUGGAAGUUUCCAUUUGCAAGGAGGACUUCUGAUCAUACCUCAGUACAAGUUUCCUUUUGCACCUUAUCUAUACUUGCAGGAUGUCUACCUUCACACAAACUGUCUUGUAAUUCUAGCAAUCAUGGGACCUCAUGCGCAUAGGCUGAGUGCAUAUGCAUCUCGAAGGCUGGUUAGCCUCUUCGACAUGCUUCCUCGCAAGUACGCCAAAUUAGCUGAGUUAAAAAAUGACAAUGCUCUCAAAGUUAUGUCUGAUCAAAUAGAAGCAGACAUCACUUCAGAUGAUAUGUUUAGUUCUCAUAAUUCCUUUCUCUCCUCUCGAGUGGGCCUUGGGCUAGCGGUUCAGGGAUCAGAUGCUUGGCAUUCGAAGUGUGAAGAAUAUGGUUUCGCUGAAGGUGUUAGUACAAAGGCUCCUGCAACAAGUGAUGCAAAUGCAAGCACCAAUGAAGAUGACACGAAAACAGUAUCUUCGGUAUAA